GUGCAGGAGGCAUUUCAACCUGCCAGCCUCAGCGUCGAAAACGAGUCCCACAAACAUGCAGGGCACUCGGGCAACCCCGGCGGCGGACCUGAUGCCGAGACGCACUUCAAGGUGGAGAUUGUGAGUGCUGCGUUCGAGGGCAAGAAACCCGUACAGCGGCACCGCAUGGUGUACCAGCUGCUGCAGGCCGAGAUUGAUGCGGGCGUGCAUGCGCUGGCGCUCAAGACGAAGACCCCCGCCGAG